UCGACCUGCUAGUCAAUGAGAUGAUGACCGUGGAUGAAUUCGAGAAAGAGUGGGAAGUGUUGAUGUACACCUACGGCCUGGAGAGAAACUCUUUCAUGAGGCAGAUAUACGAGGUGAGAGCUAAGUGGGCAAAACCAUAUCUGUGCGACAACUUCUGUGCAAAAAUGAGUAGCACACAGAGAAGUGAGUGCAUGAAUAGUGUGCUGAAAAGCUACGUAGCAAGAUCGGUGCCUAUCAAUUCUUUCGUCAUCCAGUUCAACAAAAUAUACUCCGACAGAUGUGCCGAAGAGGACUAUGAAGAAGCGCACACCACCAAGGUAGAACUGACCAGAAAAUAUAUUAAUGCCGUAGUCCGAAGAAAAUAAGUUUUGACAUCAUUUUGACAUUAUGCAAGACAAGAUUGUCUUAAAACUAAAUGUUCCACUGGAAAGUCAUGCUUCAUGUAUAUACACUAGGGCCAUGUUUAAAAAAUUCUCCGAGGAGCUAUAUCAAUCUGGGCCAUACAUGGUGAAAGGUUUCCAACUCGACGGGAAGAUGAUAGUUGAGCAUGUAAAUGCAGAAACAAGGAAGCACUGGUGCAAAGUUACUUACGAGGUGAACGUUGACCGGGAAAGCGACACCUACACUUGCGAGUGUGGUAUGUUCCCGCACUCUGGGAUGUUAUUUAGACACGUCCUAAAGGUAAUGCUCCAUGUGGGAGUCCGAAAAAUCCCAGAGAAAUACAUAAUGAAGAGGUGGACGAGGGACGCGAGAGACAUGCUACCUGAGGAUCUCAGGGCCUACCAGAGGGAUUCAAGUGUGCAAAUUUCAAAGACAUUUAGACAUAACAUUGCAUAUGUGAAAGCUUUGGAGUUGGUGAAGCUUGCAAACUCAGGAGUGCCAUCAUUCGAGCAUGCAAUCAAGAGGUUCAAUGAAUUAAGAGAGGAGCUAAUGAAGAUCAACAACGGUGAGGGAAAUAAACCUACAAAAGAGAAGAAGAACAUCUCGUCUGGGUUGGUGCAGGAGGGAGUGAAUCCGGACGCAGGAAACGGUCCUGUUUUCAGCCAAGAAGGUGGUAAGCAGGACAUCACACACGAACAAACAACGCUUGACGCACACUGCAGGGAGGUGAAUUACCAAGAUGAAGAUGACAUAGUGCUACCACCUGAGAGAAAAAGAUCAAAAGGCAGGCAAGACCAAAAGAAUGAGGUCAGCGGUAGAGAUGGCUAUAGACAAAAACAGAAGGAAGUGCAACAUAUGUGGCUCAGAAGGACAUGGAACCAAGUGCUGCCCAUGCCUGGAUGUUGGAGGAGCUGAUUCAAUGCAUGCAGAAUGCCAAGAUAAGGAUGAAGCCGCAGAAGGUGGCUUUGUGGAAGAUGAAAUGCCAUCAACACAGCAUGGUGUAUAUGCUACUUAGGGCAUCUCCAGCCGUUGUGCCUUUCAGAAGGCAUUUUUUCGGCGUCCUGCGAUCGCCCCGGCGAAAUUUUUGAUACGGGGGCGUGCAUUUUUCCAGUCGUUGUGCCUCCCAGGUAGUCACUUUUUCCUUUUUUUUCAGCCUCUCGAUCACCGCCUCGCUCGUCGCCAGCCCGGAGCGCGCGGCCGCCAUAUACGCGUUGUUCUCCGGCGCGGGCGACGGCUUCCAGCCCCGCACGUCCUACUCCUCGCCCCGCACGGCUGCUCACGCCGGCGCUCGACAAGCCCAACUCCGGCGCCGCGGCGCGCCGGCCCGCAUGCUCCGGCAGCAAGCCCGUCUCCUCGCGCUACCUCGCCUCCGCCGCAUCGCCGGCCUCCUCCACCUCGUCGUCCUCGUCCUCGUCGCGCCGCUCCCUGUCGGCGCGGCGCGGCCGCUCCUCGACUCCCCCGUCGCAGCACGCCACGCCACGUCGCCCAUGCUCGUGGCCGCGACCGUGACGGCGACCACGAUGCGGAGCCUCUCGGUGUCCUACCAGGGGGAGUCCUUCUUCUACCAGACGUCGCGUGCGCCGCGGGCCGCGUCGCCGUCCUCCCCUGCCGGCCGGCGGGGCCCCACGCCGGAGCGGCGAAAGAGCGUGUCCUCUGUGCCGGAGGCCGAGAACGCGCGGCCCCAGCACCGAUGGCACGUGGCCAAGCCCAAGGCGUCGGACCCGCUCGCUCGAAGCCUCGACUGCAACCUCGACCACAAGGACUCCAUCCUGGCUGCCGUUCAGGUCCUCUGCGGAUCCAUGGCCUUCGACUGGGAGGAGAAGCCGGGAACACCCAAGCCCGGGGUCGGCUCCGGUGCGACGGCGACUGGGGACGGUGAGAACGCGGACUUCGCCAUGUGGUCCGGCGUCCUCCUCGACCGGAGCGCGCAGGAGCCGGAUCAGCUGCCGACGGCCGACGAGCUCUUCGACGAAGGCAAGAUCCGGCCGUUGAAGCCGCCGCCGCGUCUGCUAGACGGUGGCAGCGUCGGCUCGUCGCCACGGUCGUGGCCGAGGCUGCCCGUGGCCGGUGCAGCGCGGCACGGGGUCGCCACGCUCGGGGCCGGGGCCGCCCGUGGCUGGUGCGCCCGGUGCCGGGGCCGCCAAGCCUCGUCGCCCGCGCCCGUCCACAGCGUCGCCGGCCGCCUGGACCACGGUCGCAUGCCUCGUCGACGCAGGGCUUCCUGGCCGCCGAGUCCUUCACGCUGGCCAAGACGGAACUCCCCGACGUGGCCUUCGGCUGCGGCGACACGAACGAGGAGAAGAGGAGAGAGAGGUCAGGCACGUGGUGGGCCUGUGAGGAAAAGAGGAGAAAGAGUGAGGAGAGAGACUGACUUGUGGGGUUUUGCAUGCAAAAGGAGUGCCGGCGCUCUCAGCUGGCCCCCACCUUUCUGGGUUUGGAUCGGGACCGUCGGGCGUAAUUUUAACAAAAUCUGGCGCUAUUUGAGGUUCUGGAGGCGUGACUGGGCGAAAAAAAAACACGCCGGCGAUGAAAAAGGCGUCCUGGGGAUGCUUUCGGGGAGGCGGCUGGAGAUUCCCUCAGGACACACAGUACACACCACUGUCGAGCAACCAGUCAAACACAGUAAAGAGUGACGGUAAACCAAAAUCUGCUCCCAGAAAAUGCAAGAACUGCGGCCAAGUUGGUCACUACGUGAGCACCUGUCCAACAUAUGAUGGUCCUAAGAAGCCUCCCAAGGAGGUAAAAGGCACAAAGUGUAAGCUUGGAGGCCACUAUCACACAACUUGCGGGGUGGGAACGACCUACAAACGGAAGAACUGACCUUAUCACACGCAACAUCGGGAUGCUCAUCAGUAUCUCGACAGGGAUAAUCACAAUAAAUCAUGGACAAUUUAAUUUUCCGUCUAUCUUUUAUUUCAUUAUUUGUCAGCUUUCAUCAGACUUAUUUGAUGAAAAGUAGUCGGGACCUUAUUUCACUGUUUAAUUCUAUAAGUUGACGGGACCUUAAUUCAUUGAUCUCAGCAUAAUUUCCUACUUGUUCCAUCCUAUACUUUUA